UUGCUAAUCCGAUGCAAAUAAGGCAUCAUACUCAUCAAACCAUGUUUAAAUACCAAAUACACGGAAAAUAUAAAAUGCCCAUUUAAAUAAAUGUCACUUACACAUAAUUUAUAAUACGCUACUCGUAGAAGGAAUAGUAAGUGCUAAGUUCAUAGUUCAAUUCGAUUUAACAGUAGAGCGUAGUUUAAGGGUAUUUUAAAGUGUUCACUUUAUUCAAAUUACCAAAAUAUGCAGGAGUUAGAGUAGCAAACCAACUAAUUAUAUACAUAUAUGUACCUUCCAUCACGGAAGUUGUGUGCAAACUUUUAAGAAUAUUCCUAAACCAUGGGUCAGACAUUGUCAGAACCAGACACAGCAAAGGACACUGCAUACUGUGAGAACAACUUCUUCAAAGUUGGUUCAAGUUGCAUGCAAGGAUGGAGGAUAAACAUGGAAGAUUCGCACACGCAUAUUCUUUCAUUACCGGACGACCCUGGCACUGCGUUUUUUGCUGUAUAUGAUGGUCAUGGUGGUUCCACCAUUGCUGAAUAUGCUGGCAAUCACCUACACAAGAUUUUGACUAAACAAAGCCAUUAUCAGGAUGGUCAUUUUGAGGAAGCAAUGAAGCAGGCUUUUCUUGAGAUUGAUGAGAUUAUGCUUCAAGAGGAAUCACUCAAAAAUGUGCAAGCUGGCAGUACAGCUGUUACAAUGCUUAUUAAAGAUAAUGUUUUGUAUUGUGCUAAUGUGGGUGACUCAAGAGCAAUAGCUUCAGUCAAUGGCAGAGUAGAACAGUUAUCAUUUGAUCAUAAACCAACAAAUGAAAUUGAAUACAAUAGAAUCACUGCUGCUGGAGGCUGGGUGGAGUAUAACAGAGUCAAUGGCAACUUGGCACUUUCCAGAGCACUAGGAGAUUUUGGAUUCAAGAGAAAUGAAAAGAAACAAGCUGAGGAGCAGAUUGUAACAGCAUAUCCGGAUGUAGAAGUCAGAACCAUAACAGAUGACUGGGAAUUUAUAGUGCUAGCAUGUGAUGGUAUUUGGGAUGUUAUGAAAAACGAAGAAGUUAUUGAAUAUGCCCGAGAAAAUAUCGCUGCUGGUUAUGAGCCGGAAGAAAUAUGUGAAGGCUUAAUGAUGAAGUGCUUGGCGCCAGAUUGUUUGAUGGGAGGACUUGGAUGCGACAACAUGACAGUCGUAAUCAUUGGUUUGCUCCAGGAUAAGCCGUAUUCCGAUUUGGUACAGAGAUGUUCGAAAAAGUACGACGACGCAAACAAACCCACCGAAAUUCCAUCUGCGGACGAAAAUGAAGAAGUGGUUGAAGCAGCAACAAACGAGGUUAUCGUACCUGCUGAGGGAGAACAGGGGCCGGAACCAGAGGAGAUUCCCGAUUUAAAAUAACACUUGUUCGGCGCUUUAGAGAUGUACCAGCAAAGUUGAAAUAUUAUUUUAUAGUUCUAUUAGACGUUGUACAUAUGGUCAUUUUUUUAAAUAUUGAUUUUGCAGUCGCAUUUUAUAAUACUUUUCUAGCUUAUACUAUCUUUUUCAAAACCACUGAUGCUUGGCGAGUGCUUCCUCCCAUUUCAUUUCGUGUGAAGCACAAUUCUGUAAUAUGUGCGAUCAAAUGAAAAGUGCAUAUUUUUGUAUCUGGAGUGUCACCUACUAAAAUAAUGUAUAAUCGCGAUUUUAAAAUCCACAUAUUUGAAAUAUGUAGUUUGUGAUAAAUUAGUCAGGUAGAUUAAUAAACUUAAGACACCCUUUUAAAUUAUAGACCUUUACGUUUGUAUCCAUCAUACACUUUGAAGACUUUUGUCAAUUAAAAACGUUAAUCAGUGUAUUUUUUCACACGUGUUUUCAGUAAUUACCAUUAGAAUAAAUUAUUGUAUAGGCAUAAA